UAAUUAUUAUUGAAUGAAAAACAAAUUCCGCCAAAUGUGUUAACAAGAGUGUUUGCAGCCGCAGCCGCAGCGCCAUAAAGUUUACAACAAUACGGGGAAAAAACCAAAAAAUAACGAAAACUGGAAUUUGUGAUAAUUGUUUUUCGGAGCGAACGCGAGUAAAUAGCAACCACAAUAACAAAAGCACAAAGUGAACAAUCGUUAAACAACCAAAAAGCAAGCCAAUUAGAAAAAUAAACACAGUGCAAAAAUCCAACAAAAACAGGAGAAUAGAAAAGAAAACGCAGAGAUCGUGGAAAAACAAAAAGUUUAUCUAACUGUAAAUCCGAGCGCCAACGUGGGAGGCAUCCGAAGCGAAAACUGCGGAUAAGCAGGCAGAGAGAGAGAAGAGCGAUCUCUGGCAAAAGCUGAUGACAAAACUACAAGGGCAGUCCGUCUCCAGUUCAAUGUAAACAUUAAUAAUACCAUCAACGGAAAGGACUGAAAUCGAUUACUAGGACUUUAUGGUUCAGCCUGAAACACGACCCACAUAUCUCCUUAAUCGAAAUUGCUUUUCACAUCAAGUGUAGCAAGAGUUAUUUGGCUAAAUCAACAUUAAAAUCUUUGGAGCUGUUGUUGGGAUUACAUCGACAAUUGCAACACAAAUUACAAAUUAUACAACAAAAAUAUCGCUGUGAGAAUCUGUUGGGACCCAUAGGCGUCGCGCUGAACGGCCCCGGCCUAAGGGGCCAUGACGCGUUGGCCCUUUAAUCUACUACUCUUGCUGUCGGUGGCAGUGCGCGACUGUAGCAAUCAUCGCACCAUCCUCACAGUCGGCUACCUAACGGCCCUCACUGGCGAGCUCAAGACGCGCCAGGGACUGGCCAUAUCCGGUGCCCUGACUAUGGCCCUGGAUGAGGUCAACAAAGAUCCCAAUCUGCUGCCAAAUGUGUAUCUGGACCUGCGCUGGAAUGACACCAAAGGGGACACGGUACUGGCCACCAAAGCCAUCACCGAGAUGAUAUGCGAUGGCAUCGCUACCAUUUUCGGACCGGAAGGACCGUGCUAUGUGGAGGCCAUCGUCUCGCAGAGUCGAAACAUUCCAAUGAUUUCCUAUAAAUGCGCAGAGUACCGUGCAUCCGCCAUACCGACUUUCGCCCGCACGGAACCGCCAGACACGCAGGUCGUUAAGUCGCUGCUUGCCCUUCUGCGAUAUUAUGCGUGGAACAAGUUCUCCAUUCUGUACGAGGACGUGUGGGGUCCGGUGGCAGAUCUGCUUAAGAAUCAGGCUCUUAAACGAAAUAUGACCAUAAACCACAAGCAGGUGUUUAUCGAUAAUCGUGCCAAAUGCUGCGAGCAGAUGCUGGAGUGCUGUCGCUCUGGGUAUUGGUAUCAGUUAGUACAAAGCACGAUGAACGGCACACGGAUCUACGUAUUCCUGGGGGCGGCCAAUAGUCUUGUGGACUUUAUGAGCUCUAUGGAGACCGCUGGCCUGUUUGCUCGUGGCGAGUACAUGGUGAUCUUUGUCGACAUGAUGGUCUAUUCCGAGAGGGAGGCAGAAAAGUACUUGCGCAAAGUGGAACAAAUAGCUCUAAUGUCGUCUUGCCACAGCACGGAAAACUUUAAUCAAAUGGCCCGCAGUUUGCUCGUUGUGGCUUCCACGCCCCCCACAAAGGACUACAUACAGUUUACCGAACAAGUGCAAAAGUACAGCUCGAAGCCUCCGUUUAACUUAUUGAUUCCACCGCUGUUUGUUGAAAGUAAUUUCAGCAAGUUUAUAUCGAUCUAUGCCGCCUACCUGUACGAUUCGGUUAAGCUGUAUGCCUGGGCUGUGGACAAAAUGCUGCGAGAGGAGACUCGAGUUUUGACUGACGAUGUGAUCUUUGAAGUGGCCAGCAACGGGACUCGAGUGAUCGAUACCAUAAUCAAAAACCGUACUUAUAUGAGCAUCACUGGAUCCAAGAUCAAGAUCGAUCAGUAUGGCGACUCGGAAGGUAACUUUUCGGUCCUGGCCUACAAGCCCCACAAGUGGAAUAACUCCAACAACAUGCCCUGCAACUAUCACAUGGUUCCUGUAGCGUACUUUCACCAAGGCGAAGAACAUCCAGAGUACAAGCUCAUCAAUGGCUCAAUAGACUGGCCAUCGGGCGGUGAAAAGCCCGCCGACGAACCGAUGUGCGGAUUUGCCAACGAGCUCUGUAAAAAGGAUGACACCCACUACACGUCUACUGUGGCUGCCGUGGUGUUGGGCGUGCUUCUCUUCUGCUCUGGUGUGAUCACCAUGAGCAUAUAUAGAAAGUGGAAAAUUGAGCUGGAGAUUGAGGGAUUACUCUGGAAGAUCGACCCCAACGAUAUAAAGGGUUAUUCCGGCAACGAAAUUGUCUCCUCGCCCAGCAAGGUCAGUUUAAUGAGUGCCCAGAGCUAUGGUUCCCGCUGGACCAACCAGUUUGUAACCUCCACGGGCCGCCUGCGUGGCGCUGUGGUCCGCAUCAAGGAGUUGAAGUUCCCCCGGAAGCGAGACAUUUCCAGGGAGAUCAUGAAGGAGAUGCGAUUGCUGCGCGAACUGCGCCACGACAACAUAAACAGCUUCAUUGGCGCCAGCGUGGAGCCAACACGCAUCCUUCUAGUCACCGAUUACUGUGCCAAAGGCAGUCUUUACGACAUCAUCGAAAACGAGGACAUCAAGCUGGAUGAUCUAUUUAUUGCCUCACUCAUUCACGACCUCAUUAAGGGAAUGAUCUACAUACACAAUUCUCAACUGGUCUAUCAUGGCAAUCUUAAGUCCUCGAACUGUGUGGUCACCUCGCGCUGGAUGCUCCAGGUGACAGAUUUCGGAUUACACGAGUUGCGCCAGUGUGCCGAGAACGAGUCCAUCGGGGAGCAUCAGCAUUAUCGAAAUCAACUUUGGCGUGCUCCUGAGCUGCUCCGGAAUCAUAUCCACGGCAGCCAGAAGGGCGAUGUCUACGCCUUCGCCAUCAUCAUGUACGAGAUAUUUAGUCGUAAGGGUCCAUUCGGACAAAUAAACUUUGAACCAAAGGAAAUCGUGGACUACGUCAAGAAGCUACCGCUCCAGGGAGAGGACCCGUUUCGGCCGGAAGUGGAGUCCAUAAUAGAGGCCGAGUCCUGCCCGGAUUACGUGCUGGCCUGCAUCAGGGACUGCUGGGCCGAAGAUCCCGAAGAGCGACCCGAAUUCAGUGUCAUACGCAACCGCUUAAAAAAGAUGCGCGGUGGUAAGACCAAAAACAUCAUGGACCAAAUGAUGGAAAUGAUGGAGAAGUAUGCCAACAAUUUGGAGGACAUUGUCACCGAGCGUACGCGUCUCCUGUGCGAGGAGAAGAUAAAGACGGAGGAUCUGCUGCAUCGCAUGCUUCCGCAGUCGGUGGCCGAGAAAUUGACCAUGGGGCAGGGCGUUGAGCCGGUGUCCUAUGAUUUGGUCACCAUAUAUUUUAGUGACAUUGUUGGUUUUACUGCAAUGUCGGCGGAGAGCACACCGCUGCAAGUGGUGAACUUUUUGAAUGAUCUCUACACAGUGUUCGAUCGCAUCAUACGCGGCUAUGAUGUUUACAAAGUAGAAACAAUUGGAGAUGCGUACAUGGUGGUUUCGGGUCUGCCAAUUAAGAACGGUGAUCGACACGCGGGCGAGAUAGCUUCUAUGGCCCUGGAGCUACUUCACGCGGUGAAACAGCAUCGCAUAGCACAUCGGCCAAACGAAACGCUGAAGCUGCGCAUAGGGAUGCACACGGGCCCGGUGGUGGCAGGCGUGGUUGGCCUCACCAUGCCGAGGUACUGCCUCUUUGGGGACACCGUGAACACAGCAUCUCGAAUGGAGAGUAACGGCGAGGCGCUGAAGAUUCACAUUUCCAACAAGUGCAAGCUGGCGCUGGACAAACUGGGUGGUGGCUACAUAACCGAGAAACGUGGCCUAGUCAACAUGAAGGGCAAGGGCGAGGUGGUCACAUGGUGGCUCACCGGAGCCAACGAGAAUGCGAUACAAAAGAAGCUGGUGGACAUGAUGGACAUGCCGCCGCCACUCUUCAGUCGGCCGCGAAAGAGUCCCAAACUAAAUCCGGACUCCCGGCAACCGAGCAUCCAAGCGAUGCACUUCUGCGGCACCGGAUCAAGGCGCCAGAGCACUGUACCCAGGCCGGUGGACGGCGAGUCCACGUAUAGUCUCCAGGGAUCCGUAAGGGAAUCACCGCGCAUGGUCAGCAAACGAGAUCGGGUUGGGGAGCGACCCUCUAUCAAUGGUCUGGGCGCCGCGCUCCUUGUGGGCGGAGCUCUUCUCGAAUCCGCACAGGAUUCGCUCAGCACGCUGAAUCAUUCCGAAACAAACGAAACGAACUGUGAUAUGGAUGGGGGAUCGGGAGGCGUGUCAGGAUCGGGAUCUGGACUAGUGCGCCAGCCCAAUGCGCUGCACAAGCCGUUGGCCAUGGUGCGGCCCCACAGGAUCAUCAGUGCUGCCCAGUUGCCCCAACUGGGAGAUAUCGAGGAUGACUCCGCGGACAUGCUGCUGCGGGAGUCUCGCUCCCUGGACCCCAUGCCCAUGCAGCAACUGCGCAAACGGCACGACAGGGUCAAACUGCCGCCCUCCAAGUUGUCCAAGAACAAUUCGCGAUCGUUGGACACCGGGGUCUCCCUGAUCAGUGGGAAUCCCAACGGCGAGGUGGAGUCAGGUCAUCUGGAUAUGGAUGACGAGAUGUCCGUCAAUCCGGUAGAUGCCACCGAUGGCUACGAUGAUGAGCUGGGUUUGCUGAUGCGCCACGACAACGGACAGCUGCCCGCCCUCCGCUAUUCAGGCAGUUUUCCCAAUGCCCAGAUCAGCAUUGUUCCUACAGGAGGAGGAGGAGUAGGAGGAGUGCGAGGCGGAGGCGGCAGCAACUGUGCGAAGCAUCUAAACAACAACUGCAACGGCGGAGUGAACAUCGAGGAUGAUCUUGAGUCGCCCCUGCUGCAACGUCAGGCAUCGCUGUCUGUUCCGCCGGAGGAGAUGCUGGCGCACAACAAACGCUGGCAUUCGCUAGAGCACAUGGACGGACCCGGUGGCCAUGGUGGAAACAGCGUGAGCUAUGCCGCCGAUAUAGAUAACCGCCAGCCCGGAGGCCUGGACUUCCUCGGCAACUCCUCCAACCAGCAUAGAGCCAGACCGGUUGGUGGGAGCAAGCUGACCAACUGGAUGUCCAACAUCUUCAAGGGGAACGGCGUGCGCGGCGAGGCUAGGCGAAUUCUGCCCAGAGACGUGCAUGGAGCACGAACUGGAUUCACGGACAUGGCGGCGUCGGCAGCAGCCCGGGAUCGAGAAAGUAUAGUGUAGGGAUAACAAGGAGGCAGAGUAGAAACUAAGAAAGAAGGAGCAGAAUGACCAGGAUGAGCUGGAUGAGCCGAACGAGAGAGGUGGAAAGUUACUCAGGAACCGUGUCGAGCAGGAAACGAUCGUCUUUUGGCUUAUUUCUUUGUUUUAUGUAUUGUAGUUGGUAUUAAUCGAACGAUUUGUGUGUCUGUGUUGGAGGUCCUUCACCUAUAAACAUUUGCCAGCCUGUUCUUAAAUAUUUGAUCGCCUUGGCAUUUCAGGAUUUCAAAUGUCCCUUGGGAUUCUAAACUAUUUUUAUUCGAUUUCAAAAGGAAUCCUGCGAUCCCCAAGUAGAAGCGAGCAGAAGCUGAAGCGGAAAUCAUACAUACGUAGCAUAUAUUUGAUAACUCUACAUACAUACAUUUUAGAGAAGCCGAAAAAACCGUCUAGUCACAAGGUCUUCAGACUAGUUAUUGUUUUACAUAAAAUACACACCCACACAUCUUAAUGUACGUUUGUAAAUGUAACACAUACACACACGACCACACACAUAUUUAUACGACGAUGGAGAAUCAAAAACAAAUAUUUUAUGUAAAUGUAAUCGAAAUUUUUUGCUUUCUAUACCACGUGCGCUGCAGCAAACAAAUUAUGCUUAAAAGAGAAACUAGUUAAUUUAUAUAUCCCGAAAACAAAAGAGAGUGGAAAAUGUAAUGUAUCAAUGUGUUUUGCUAGUACGUAGUUAAGUGCGUGUGAUUGUACGUAAUGUUUAAGUCUCUACAACUAAAAGAAUAAUUUUAAUUAAUUGAAUAAUGGAAUUGUGAGCAAAGAAGUGCGAGAAAGGCGCCCGAUUCGUGGUGUUUUAGCUGUAUGUAUGUAUGUAUAUUUUUAAAAGAAAAUUUGUUAAAUUUGCCAUAUAUAAAUACAAACAUGAAACUAUUAAAA